ACGCAAUGUCCCCAAAAUUAGAACCAGACGAUCACCUGCUAGUGGGCGGGAGUAGGACGUCCUGAAAAAUUCCAUGAUUUCUGCAAAUUCCAGCUGAUUAUCUUCUUCUAACCGGUCCAAAUAUUUGCAGAACUUUUGACGGAAGCAAAGGGUUCGGUCUGUGCUGCUGUCAUAUAAUUUGAUCCAAGAAAAGCGCCGGCAUUGGCACAUAUGCAUGUAGUCAUUCAUGGUGAUUGGUCAUCAAGUAACAGACUGCACAAGGCAUGAGCCAGUGUACUGACCCUAAGAGCAAGAAGACUCUAGUGAUACUGUGCAGUUUGACAAAGCAAAAUUAAAGUGCAUGAGGACACUUAUGCCACGCCCACCACCAUGCACAUGCUCAGUGCCCAUGUAGCCGGCGUGCUGCAGUAUCUGUCUGCCUCCCCUCUCCUGCUCUUGGCUGUCCUCCCUCUCAUCUCGCUUCUACUCGUAUCUGUCGUGCUAGCGGCCAUCAAGCUCGCCAUGUCGCGGAGAAUCCGCGCACGCCCCCAGGACGGGAACCCGGCGGCCCCGUACCGGAGCGUGGACUCCCCGGAGCUGAAGACGAUGAUGUUUGAGGAGUGUGACACGAUCGACAAGCUGUGGUCGCGUGCCGUGGGCCUGUACGCCACCAAGAAAUGCCUGGGAACCCGGGAGCUUCUGAGUGAAGAAGACGAGGUUCAACCCAACGGGAAGGUCUUCAAAAAGGUGAUCUUAGGGGAGUACAAAUGGCAGACAUACACAGACGUGGACCGGCGUAUAGUCAGCCUGGGGCAGGGUCUGGCCGCUCUCGGACAGAAGCCACGGAACAACGUCCUGAUGCUAGCGGAGACGCGGGCAGACUGGAUGGUCACUGCACAGACGUGCUUCAAGUUCAACUACCCCUUGGUUACCAUCUAUGCGACCCUUGGAGAGGAGGCCAUAGCUCACGGCAUCAAUGAAUCCGAGGCCACCCAUGUGUUCACUAAUGCCGAACUACUGCCAAAGAUUAAGAAUGUUGCAGGUAAAAUCCCCAAAGUGCAAUACAUCAUCUACAUGGAUGCACUAAACAACAAGCCGGCGGCGACCGAGGGUUUCCCAGCAGGGAUACAGAUCCUCUCCAUGGCUCAGGUAGAGGAGAUGGGCACCAGAGCUGAAAAUGCGAACCGUCCGAUCCAGCCUCCCGUCCCAGACGACCUGGCUGUCAUCAUGUACACCAGCGGGUCCACAGGGCUGCCAAAAGGUGUCAUGAUAGCACACAGGAACCUGAUCGGGGGCAUGGCUGGGCAGUGUGACAGGAUCCCUGGUCUCGGGCCAAAGGACACUUACAUUGGAUACCUGCCACUGGCCCAUGUACUGGAGCUGAGUGCUGAGAUAUCCUGUCUGGCAUUUGGGACCCCCAUUGGCUACUCCUCACCUCUCACACUGUCUGACCAGUCUAGCAAGAUCAAGAGAGGGAGUAAGGGUGAUGCCUCUGUGCUGAGGCCAACACUGAUGGCUGCUGUACCAGUUAUCAUGGACCGCAUCUACAAGACAGUCAUGGACAAGGUGAAUGAAGGAGGCAAGUGGAAGAAGGCCAUGUUCAAUGUGGCGUAUGGAUACAAACUCAAGCUGGUGGAGAACGGGUCGGACACACCACUGCUAAACAGGUCCCUUUUCAAGCCAGUGCGGUCCAUCCUUGGUGGGAAGAUCAGGAUGAUGUUGUCGGGCGGGGCCCCCCUCUCGGCGACCACCCAGCGGUUCAUGAACGUGUGUUUCUGCUGCCCCGUGCUGCAGGGGUAUGGGCUGACAGAAACAUGUGGGGCUGGCACUGUUACUGAAGUUGAUGACCUCACUACGGGUAGAGUGGGCGCACCACUCAUCUGCAAUGAGAUCAAACUGGUGGACUGGGACGAGGGGGGUUACACCACGGAGGACAAGCCCUACCCCCGGGGGGAGAUCGUGUUGGGCGGACCCAACAUCACCAUGGGGUACUACAAGAACCCCCAGCAGACUGCCGAGGACUUCCGCGAGGAGGGCGGAAACCGAUGGUUCUACACUGGCGACAUUGGGGAGUUCCACCCGGACGGAUGCCUCAAGAUCAUUGAUCGUAAGAAGGACCUAGUGAAGCUGCAGGCUGGGGAGUACGUGUCGUUGGGAAAGGUGGAGGCCGCGCUGAAGAACAACUCUCUCGUGGACAACAUCUGUGUGUACGCCAGCAGCGACCAGCACUACGCCAUCGCUCUGGUGGUGCCCAAUCACAAGCACCUGAAGAACCUGUCUGCUAAGAUGGAGCUAAAGACUGACCAAUGGGAGGAGCUGUGUAACGACCCUGAUCUGGAGAAGGAAGUGCUGAAGGUCUUACACAAGGUCGCAAAGGAAGCUAAGCUGGAGAGGUUUGAGAUUCCCCAGAAGUUACGACUGUGCAGCGAGAGCUGGACUCCAGACACCGGCCUGGUCACAGACGCCUUCAAACUCAAGCGGAAGAACCUGCAGUCGCACUACAGCCAGGACAUCGCGCGGCUCUACGGAUCGUAAUCACGACAUUCCUGCUCUCGCGCUCACCGUAGAUUCUCAUGUACAAGUGUGUAACAUAUUCAGGUGAUGUCAUCAGUGGUUUCACAUUUGCAUUUCAGUGAAUUGUAACUCAUGUGUUUUUGGAUAUUGAAAGAUCUUAAAGCAAUAAAGUGUUGAAAGCUCAGAAAAACAGAUCUAGGAGAAACUGAUAUGUACAUUUGAGCUACAAUUCACUUAAAUGCAAAUACUUAUAAGGCAGAAAGUAUCAAUUGCUAGACACUAAGAACACACUCUUGAAUGAUGAAUAAGAAAAUUUAGGUAAUGUGUCUGGAUAUACUCAUAGCUCAACAAUAGGAAAACCAACCCUUGGAAAGAGAGGGGUAGGUACUGUAUGCAGUUCUUCCGCCUUUGGUUGAUGGUAAUUAAUCAAAAGACUAGCACUGAAAGUAGCAAAUUCAGCAAAUAAUCAUGACUUGUAUAACUAAGGAUAAGGUUUAAUGAGAUUUCUAUGAUACGCGUUGCUGCACUCAUAAUUACAGAUGUGAAUUAUACCCAAGUGAAAACGUAAAGGAAAGAACAAAUUGUUGCUGCAUCAGACAAUAGCUGCUUUUUGAUAAAGGCAAAAUGCUCUUAUAAUAACUUAAUGGUCACAGAAUAGAACAGGCACUCCAUUUAUUAUACUAGUGCCGUAUGGUACUAAACUUUCAACACUUAUACUCUCAACCCCAAGACAUCACCAAUUGCAAUCUUUCGAAGGGUAGUAAGCCUCUGUAUGUGUGUGCACAUGUGUGUGUGUGUGUGUGUGUGUGUGUGUGUGUGUCAGAGUUUUAUAUGCAUAAAGACUAAUUGAAUUUUCUAUCACCAGAGGGGGGCCCGGGAGCGACUCUGUUUCUGUUAACUGGCUGUAAGUUUUCAUCUUCGUGCGUGUGGAUAGCUUUCUAGCCAAAUGCAUGUCGGAAAGAAAACUUUGUAACUUUGAGCACGGUGUAAAUGUCUGCAAGUUACAUGAUGCAAAUCUUCGUUCCCUAAAAGAAUUGAUAAGAACAAUUCCGCAGUAUAA